AUGCUUGACACAGGAAACUUUAUCCUAGUUAGCCAGAACUACAUCAACUUGUGGGAGACAUUCAGCCAACCGACGGACAUGAUGUUGCCUAUGCAACAGUUAGAUCAAGGGACUAAAGUUAACGCUCGCUACCCUGAAAUGAAUUACUCAACCGGGAAAUUCCACCUCAAGGUAGGAGAUGACGGAAAUCUCGCAUUCUAUCCCACUUCUGACCCGUGGCUUGCCUCAGAUACUUACUGGGUCAGCAACACCAAAGAUAGCGGCUUUAGAUUGAUAUUCAAUCAAAGUGGUCAGGUCUAUCUUACGGCUAGGAAUGGAACAUUGCUCAAACUUGUCACCUUAGACACAUUCCCGACCAACGAGUUUUACCAAAGAGCAAUCCUUGAAUAUGAUGGGGUCUUCAAGCAAUAUGUCCACCCUAAGGGGGAAAAUUCAAGUUCUGCCUUGGUACUGGGUUGGUCGAUGGUCUCUUCCCUGAUCCCUCCAAAUAUAUGCGAGAGCAUCAGGCAAACUACGGGUUCUGGAGCUUGUGGCUUCAACAGCUACUGUGCUCUUGGAGACAACCAGAGGCCCCGAUGCCACUGCCCACCCGGAUAUACUCCAUUAGAUUCAACAAACGAGAUGAAUGGAUGCAGGGAGGACUUCGUACCGCAAAGUUGUGAUGGAAGUAGGCCCGAAACAGACCAUUGCUAUUUUUGGCGGCAACGGAAGUUGCUACAAAAGGAGAUCCCUCUUUCCAAUGGAAGGAUGGAUCCUAGUGAGGAUGGAAAGGCUCUGAUCAAGGUCAGGAUAAAUAACUCGACUUCAAAAUCUACGGGAGAUGGAAACAAGAAUUCCACUCAGAUUAUCAUCGGAUCGGUGCUGUUGAGUAGCUCUAUCUUUAUGAACUUGCUUCUACUCCUCAUCACCUAUUUAAUUUAUAGAAGCUUCCAAUCUAGGGAUUCUAAGUUGUCACGACCAGUCCAGAUCAACCAAGCCACAAGUAUGCAAACUUUCACUUAUCAGGAGCUUCAAGAAGCAACGGAUGAAUUGAAAGGAGAACUAGGUAGGGGUGCUUUUGGAACAGUGUACAAAGGUGUUCUUGGAUCUGAGGAUACAAACUUCGUGGAGUAA